AACUAAUAACUAUGGCCGCCUUGGGUUUCUCUUCUACCCUAAACCUCUUUUUCUUUCUCUUUCUCAUUCUCUUUGGCUUCCUCUUCUUCUCUCACUAACCAACCACUCUCCAAAUUGCGUGUUGCGCACCGUUUUGGGGGGUGAGGCUCCAUGGUCGAAACCUACAGGGUAAGGUCCAUCGAUUGGAGACCUUCGCCGGUGUUGGCGCUUGCCACCACCAUCGAUGGCGCACGAGUUGCCGCCGCUCGCCAAGAUGGCUCUCUUGAAAUCUGGCUCGUUUCUCCCGGCGCCAUCGGCUGGCACUGUCAGCUGACUAUUCACGGAAGCCCUGAGGGAAGAGUGACAUCGCUUAUUUGGUGCCCUGGCGGUGUCGACGGAAGUCGUUUGUUUUCCUCCAAAGUCGAUGGCACGGUCUCUAGGUGGGAUCUUUUCAACUUGAAACAGGAGACGGUGCUGAAAUCUGAAGUCUCAAUAUGGCAAAUGGCAAUGAGGUUUCCUAUUGAUGACCAGGUAAAAGAUGAAAGUAAGGAUGGACCUAUGGUGACCCAAAAUGGGAACGGUUUCCAUGAUUUUGAUGAUCAUGAGAACAGUGAUAGUGAUGAUGAUUCUCAUUCGCCUGGUCCUCUUGAGCGAUCAUAUAGGGAGCUUCCACGCGUGGCGAUUGGUUUUAAUGAUGGACGAUUGAAAGUCUAUGAAAUCUCUGACUCUGAUGAAUUUAUUCUUGUAAAAUCUUUUCCCCCUGUCACAGGACGAGUUUUAAGUGUGACUUGGAGUGCAGAUGCUAACUACAUAUAUUCAGGAAGCAGUGAUGGUUUGAUACGUUGCUGGAAUGCUACAUUGGGCAAUGAAGUCUACAGGAUUACAGCUGGACUUGGAGGGUUGGGCAGUGGGCAAGAACUUUGCAUAUGGUCAUUACUGUCUCUAAGGAAUGGUACACUUGUCAGUGCGGACAGCAGUGGUAGUGUUCAGUUUUGGGACAGCCAGCAUGGAACUCUCUUGCAAGCACAUUCUUUACAUAAGGGACAUGUAUUUGCUCUGGCAGCAGCUCCUAAUCACAAUAGGGUGUUUUCUGCUGGUUCUGAUGGUCAGGUUAUUCUUUACAAGCUUUCUGAUAGUAAGGUAGCAUCAGCUGAUGAUAUCAACUAUUCUGCUAUGACGAAGAGAUGGAUCUAUAUUCACCAUGUGACAUUAACCCUGAAAUUAACCCAGGGAAGAGGAUUAAGAGCAGUUCGAGGUGCAAGGAAGCCUGCUGAUUUUAGUUACCAUAAGUGGGCUCAUUUGGGGGUUCCCAUGCUUAUAUCAGCAGGGGAUGACACAAAACUUUUUGCCUACCCAGUCAAAGAAUUCACCCAGUUCCCUCCUCAUGACAUCUGUCCUGCACCCCAAAGGACACCCAUUCAACUAGUACUCAAUUCUAUUUUUAAUCAAUCUAAAAUGCUUUUAGUCCAAUCAUCAAAGCACAUAGAUGUUCAUUUGCUACCGCUUAAAAAUGGUUCCACCCCUGGGAGCCCUAACGAAGACCGAAAUAGUGCUCGAGUCAAGAGGAAGGCAUCUCGUAAGCAAUUUGCAGCACCAUUUCUAAUCAGGGGCGCUAUUUGCAUACUCUAUCAUAAAAGGCCCUCUAGUCUUUUGGAACUGAGAAGGUGUGAAAUGGGCAAAAUCACAUGGAAUGUUGAUAGAAGGGAGCUUCCUCAAAGGUUACCAUUUGCCCACUCUAUGGUUUUUUCUCAUGACUCUUCCAAGUUGAUAGUAGCAGGUUGCGACAGAAGGAUAUAUGUUGUGGAUGUUGGGAAGUCUGAAUUAGUGCAUACUUUUACACCACGUUGUGAGUCUCAGGAUGAGGAUUUGCCUCCAACUGAGCCACCGAUAACGAGAUUGUUUUCUAGUUCUGAUGGGCAAAUGGUUGGGAAAAGCUGUGAAGUUUUUGGGGAUAUAUAUGUAUUUAACCUGGAGAUACAAAGCCAGCACUGGUUCAUUUCAAGAUUAGAUGGCGCCUCUGUUACAGCUGGUGGAUUUCCACCCCAAAAUGACAACGUUCUGAUAGUUACAACAUCCUCAAAUCAAGUGUAUGCACUUGACGUAGAGGCCAAGCAGUUAGGAGAAUGGUCCAAACGACAUACUUUUGCCCUUCCUAGGAGAUACCAGGAAUUUCCUGGUGAAGUUAUUGGGCUUUCAUUCCCUCCAGCAGAAGCUUCAUCUUCUCCAACGGCAAUAUCAUCUUCGGUUGUUGUUUACAGCUCUAGGGCAAUGUGCUUGAUUGACUUUGGGUUGCCUGUGGAGCAAGAUGAAGGUGAUAUGCUUAACACACAAGAUUCAAGGUCUGGGAAUUUACAAUAUUUUAGUGUUAAGAAGGGGACUAAGAGGAAGUUUGAAGUUUUACCAAUAGAUAAACCUGUUAGGAGGAACUUUCAAGUUCUACCAUUAGAGAAUCCUGUUUUAUUUUUAGCUCAUACAUCAAAAAAUUAGUUAGUUAUAGUAGACAAAACCAUGGUGCAAGUGUAAAGAGUUUAGGAAGCCCCACCAGUCCACAGACAUAUAUAUGGGACAUGAGCUUUAAGCAGCUGAGAGAAUGUUCUCCGCUUUGAGGGGAUAUGAUGGGAUAAAAGUCCCUUUUUUGUCCUUGUUUGUCUCGGUCCUGGUUGGGGGGAAUCAGAAUCAUGUAUUGUUGUAUCAUAAUCAAUUUUGUUCCAUUAGUAAUAGCUUCAAUUUACAUUUUUUUAUUUACACAAGUUCUGUACUUUUACUCUUAAUCAAAUCCCCAGAUUAAUUUUGGCUGCUUUUA